CAACAACCACAAAUAUCCCCAGUACGUCAGGCAUACAUUCCACACGGCCAUCAACAACAACAACAAAUAUCCCCACAACGGAUACUGAUUUUAAAACGACCACAAUUGUUCUGGCGGUCGUCACUGGUACUUUCACGAUAGCUGCCGCCUUGAAAGUUGCACUCCAUGUGUAUAAGAGUGGUUAGUGAAAAAAAAUUUUAAUUUUUUUUUUAUGUAUUUAAACGUGUUUUGUGAUAGGAAAUGAAACCACGGGCAAGGUGCACAAUUUACACUCAAUUAUAUAGUGGAUACUGGAUAAAAUCACGGCUUUUUCUACACUUGGCCCUGGACCAAAAUUAAUCGCCUUAUUUAAAUAAACACAUAAGCAUUGAUAGCCAUACAUUUCUAGCUAAAGGGUUGAAAUAUGUAAAUAUAGUAAAUUAGUAACACGAUAUUGAGUGACAUGUAGAUCUAAUAUAUCUUGACAGUGACUUCUUCUUGUGUUGCAUGUAGAUCUGAUUUAUCUGGACAAUGACUUCUUUUUGAGUGACAUGUAAAUGUAAUCUUUCUUAACAUUGACUUAUUUUAGAUUUCACGUUUUUCCAAAAGUUAUGACCCAAUUAUUAUUCGACACAUAAUGUAGGUUAAGAUUGAAAAAAAAAAGGGGUGGGGGGGUAGAUAAAGCUUUGGGGAAUUCGUUUGAUUUAAGCUAAUUUAGUUUAUAUACAUAUAAAUAGAAAUCUAACAGUCGCAUAUUAUUUGACAUAUGAUUCAUAAUUUCCCUUUUUAUCCUGUAAGUUAUGUGAUGUUUAUUUCUUUCCCCAAUUAUAAAUUAUAUUAUUUUUUUUAAAAUACACAGUACGUCUUUAUUACAAAUAGUCUUCCAUUUCUUUUAAAGCCAUAUACGUUUACACAUUUCUCUUUUUUUCAUAUUUUUUUUUUACCAACCAUAUAGGUUGUCCUAGAUGUAAUGAUGAAUGUUUAGCUACAGUGCUGAAAGUCAUCCGACCUAAAGUCAACAUAAAGUAAGCGCGUUAUUUUUUCCCCUUAAUUAUGUUUACAGUUAACAUUUUAAUGUUCAGUAAAAUUUCGGGCAGCUGGUUUACGUGUCUUCUUCUUUUUGGCUGAGGUCAAGGGUCAAUUACCUUAAAACACCUGAGCAUAAAAUGUUGUACUCCGCAGCUAUGAAUGGCUAUGGAUAAGAACGUUAAAAAUAAACCCAGACAGAUGCUGACAAUAAUGCAGAAAGUGACCGCAUGCAUAAACCAAAUAGACCUACAACGACCUAGAAUAAAGAUGGAGACCAAGGUGAAACUUAUUAACAGUGUCUUUAUUCCAACUCUUGCUCACAGCGACCAGACUUCGACCACCAAUCUAAGACCUCGAGAAAAGAACGAUCGCCUACCAGAAUGAAAUAUCUGCAGGCGAAGAGCUGUUAAAAUAUGAAAUGACAAUAUUCGGAAUAAAGAAAUUGACAGCUAGUUUCUGCCAGCAAACAAUGGACCACCAACAAAUCAGCUGUUUAGGCCUAUGGACAGUAAUCGGUCAACAGACCUUCAUUUCAAUUAUUCUACAAUAGGAGAACAUUUAGUUUCAAGUGACAGAGGAAGACGACGACGCCAAAAAAUCGGCGGUGUCAAAGAGCACUUUAAAUCAACGCUAUGCCAUCCCAGAACGCUUCACACCUUAGACAAAAUCACCAAUUCUUAUCUAUUCCGAUUUUAAACCUACAAUUAUCGUAGGUACUGUACAGACGACCAAUAUCACUCUCCUGCUGUUGGUUGUUGACGUUGAGUAUGAUUCAAUAACAAUUUUAGACCCGUUCUUCCCAUUUACGCAUUAUUUGCGAUUUAGCCCUGGUUAAUAUUUUAACAGAUUUACAACUGCUGGAGGUUCUCACUCUUUGAACAAAAUCCACAGAACGGUCUGAGAGGAAGAAAGUGGAGGAGCAAACCAGAGAACUACAUGGGCUGUAGCGCAAUGAAGAUGAUAAAAAAAAACAAAGUAUUAACAACAGACGAGUUAGUACUCAGCACUGUGUGAGUCCUCUGACUCCACUUUAAACCAAACAUUUCUUCCAGUACAAAAAGACUAUCCGAUUGAAAUAAGACACUUACCUUCCAAAUCAGGGGUACAGUUUAAGACUCGCUAUACAUGUUAAAUUGGCAAUUGGACUCCUCCAUGGCAAUAAUGGAGUCUAUCGCCCAUUCAUUGGUAGCACAAUUCCAAACAAUUAUAUAUUCUCCAUGGAACAAAAAACGUUAUCUUGACUGCUGGCUAACCCAUCCAUUUAUAUGUCCUCUAUAGAACAAAUGACGUAAUCUUUACUGCUGACCCAUCCAUUUAUAUGUCCUCUUUAGAACAUACGACGUAUUCUUGACUGCUGACCAAUCCAUUUAUAUGUCCUCUAUAGAACAAAUGACGUAAUUUUUGCUGCUGACCCAUCCAUUUAUAUGUUCUCUAUAGAACAAAUGACGUAAUCCUUACUGCUGACCCAUCCAUUUAUAUGUCCUCUAUAUAACAAAUGACGUAAUCCUUACUGCUGACCCAUCCAUUUAUAUGUAAUCUAUAGAACAAAUGACGUAAUCCUUACUGCUGACCCAUCCAUUUAUAUGUCCUCUAUAGAACAAAUGACAUUAUCUUGAUUGCUGACCAAUCCAAUUAUAUGUCCUCUAUAGAACAAAUGACGUUAUCGUGACUGCUGACCCAUCCAUUUAUAUGUCCUCUUUAGAACAAAUGACAUUAUCUUGAUUGCUGACCAAUCCAUUUAUAUGUCCUCUAUAGAACAAAUGACGUAAUCCUUACUGCUGACCCAUCCAUUUAUAUGUCCUCUAUAGAACAAAUGACGUAUUCUUUACUGCUGACCCAUCCAUGUAUAUGUCCUCUGUGGAACAAACGUCACGUGUAAUGUCGCGCGUCAUCUCAAUGACUUGUCAUUUUGUAAUGUUUGACAUCGCUUUAGUUAUGAAACUUCCAUUCGAGUCUUCGCACGGGUAACCGGAAGUUUGAUGAUCAUAAGUUUAUUAUAUCUAAUAACUUAGAUAAUAAGUUAUCAGUGAAUACCAAAUAAAUGAAAUGUCACAAAAGCAAUAUUUUUUUUUCAGCAUCGAUUUUACAGAGGACGCUGAACGGAAAGGGAAGAAAGUAACAAGGGAUAUAACGAAUCUUGAGGACAAAAUCCAAGAUGUGUUCGAGAUAAUUGAGGAAAUCUUUUAGUUGUUAGUGUCUGAUGGUUGUUAGUGUCUGAUGGUUUGUUAGUGACUGAUGUUUGUUAGUGUCUGAUGGUUGUUAGUGUCUGAUGGUUGUUAGUGUCUGAUGGUUGUAAGUGUCUGAUGGUUUUUAGUGUCUGAUGGUUGCUUGUCUGAUGGUUGUUAGUGUCUGAUGGUUUUUAGUGUCUGAUGGUUGCUUGUCUGAUGGUUGUUAGUGUCUGAUGGUUGUUAUUGUCUGAUGGUUGUUAGUGUCUGAUGGUUGCUUGUCUGAUGGUUGUAAGUGUCUGAUGGUUUUUAGUGUCUGAUCGUUGCUUGUCUGAUGGUUGUUAGUGUCUGAUGGUUUUUAGUGUCUGAUGGUUGUUAGUGUCUGAUGGUUGUUAGUGUCUGAUGGUUGUUAGUGUCUGAUGGUUUUUAGUGUCUGAUGGUUGCUUGUCUGAUGGUUGUAAGUGUCUGAUGGUUUUUAGUGUCUGAUGGUUGCUUGUCUGAUGGUUGUUAGUGUCUGAUGGUUUUUAGUGUCUGAUGGUUGCUUGUCUGAUGGUUGUUAGUGUCUGAUGGUUGUUAGUGUCUGAUGGUUGUUAGUGUCUGAUGUUUCGUUAGUGAGAGAUUUUUUUUAUAAACUUUAAAUGUGAUCAAAUGUAUGUUAAUUUUUUAUUUUUACUCCUUUCUUAAAAUCUUUAAGAUUAUUGCGUUUUGAUGUAAUUCGUAUGUUAACUUUGAUCCCAUUUUUUAAAAAUUCUUUGUCCAUUCUCUCUCAAGCUCUUAUUUCGGAAUCAGGUCAAGGAGACGGACAUACGAUCUGUUUUCAGUUUAACUAGCCGAUUUUUCGUGUGCUCAGAGUUUCUUUGAAACAUCUCUUCCAUCAUUGAUUCUCAUUUUAACAUUGUCAUAUCUUAAAUGUUUAUUAAAAGUGCUGUGUUUUUUUUUAAAUUGUUUAUCUAUCAAUUGAUUAAGUGGAACAAUAUAUCUAAAUUGGGA